AUUCUCACUGCUAGCGGCCAACCGGGUUCAUUCGAGAGUGAAUUGUCGGCCAAGCUGAUAUAACGGUACCAGAAUGGAACUGCCGCAUGGUACUGGUAUUACGUAGUAAGCACGCACCGCCAGCACAGGUUCAUUUAGUAAUCGAACGGAUGCGUUUUCAAAAUGGUGAAGAGAAAUGUUAUACUUGCUGCAUAUAGUGACCAAAACUGAUGGAAGAACUGAAUUGAUAUGCGUCAUAGGAUACUGCUUCAAAGCUUCUUUCUCCUCCUGGUGACUGCAUACCUAGCCUUAGCUUUGGACAGACCCUCAGUAUUCACUCAGGAAAAUGACAAGGAUAUACCAAAACACGUAACAGGUGCUCCAAGGGUGAAAAGGGCGACAAGGAGACCUGGAUUCUUCAAGACGCUUUUUUCGGUAAUGUUUGAGCAAUGGAACGAUACAAAAAAUACCAUCCAGUCCGUGAAUAAACAGGUUAAUGACAACUUUUUGCCAGAAGACUAUGUGCCAACUCCUCCACCCAAGGACAGCAAUACGACCGAACCGUUCAGGAUAACUAGGAAGGAAUUCAAUAAAAUCAUACAAAGGAACCUACGGGGUAUCAGACGAUUGUACGACCUCGAGCUCAAAGAGGCUCUCAAGCAAAGCGAAGUUUACAACAAAGACUUCAGGAAGAAUGCUAGCAGAGAGAUAUCGAAAUUCCUAUGAAGGAACAUACACACCAAAAGAAGCUGUGAUAGGAAUUAUGGAAUUUGCUCAAAAUGGGAUGUUAUUUAUUACGUGUCUGACAGGGUAGCUCUAGGUUUCUAAGCUGUAACUAAUUUAUAAUGAGUUCUUGCUUCUUUCGAAGGAUAUUGCGUCAAGAAAGCAUGUCAAUGUAAUUUUAUACGUAUAUUGGUUUUUGAUGGUAACUCGCUUCGGUUCACCAAACAUGGGAUAGCGAGAAGUAAAUAAUAAAAAGUAACCAUAGAUUUUUUGUAUAGAUGUUUUUGUAUCUAAUAUAUGCCAUAAUGAGUGAGCAUUUUUUUU